AUGCUCUUUUUGAGCCCGCACCCUUCCUCCGCCCAUAUUUCUGCGCAGCUUGAAGAUAAAUACCUAGAUAACACUGGAGCACAACCCAGUCAACCGCUGUUCCAAACACCCAGUCAACCGAUGUUCCAAGCACCCACUCAACCGAUGUUUCGACCACCCUCUAGGUCUACAGAUUAUAACAAUAUUAUGUCACUUUCGAGCACACCAUCGCCAAGCCUCAGUCCAUCAUCGGCUACUUCUCAAGGAUUUGAUCCAUAUAUGAACAAUAAUCAACAAUAA